AAACAAAUAAAUAAAUAAUGAGGGUCACCGAUCGAUUUGACAAGAUGGCUUACGGAAGAUUUCGUGCAAAGUAUCUUAAAUUCAGCUAUUUUAGCACAAUAAGCUUUAUAAUUUUAAUGAAUGUUUCGAUCACAUAUGAAGCUCUAAGUCCUGAUUAUUCAAAUGUGACAGAUUCGAUUGAACCUGGCUAUUUAUUUGCCAAGUUUGCUUCAAAAUUAUCGGCGCUCAAUUUUAGAGUAUCCCGCCGCAGCAACCCCAACACACAGCCCGACGGCAGCCGUGUACAGUGCAAGAGCCAGCUCCGUGUGAACAUUGCGAGAGAGAUCGGACCAUGGUCAAGUCGCCCGGAACAGGAGCGAGGCCGAGGCGGCGGUACCCGAGAAGCAGCUAGGGCCUCUGCAGGUCAGCCGACCAGUACUGUGGCGGUCAUUCCUUCUUCUGUCUUCAAUAAUUCACAGUUUCGUCAAAUGAUCACGUCCCACUGCAAGAGCGAAAUCGGAUUUCCAGAUUGCUAUGGGCAUAAAGGUAGCAGGAUACUCCAGAAGGUUGUGGCAGACUACGCAAACUUUGCGAAUGGAUGGCUGCCUAAUUGCAACAUCACGAGAGAAUGUGCAAAUAUGGCAGAGAGAGGGAGGACAGAAAAGUGGUUGAGAUCAAGAUGGACUCGUAUAUCUACCAACCGAUCGAUAAAUCUGCCAGUCUGUUAUGAAAUGGAUGAUUUGAGAGAGGUAUCGCCAGAACGAGUGGAUUUUUGGUGGUUUGACUUCUGCUGCUUCACUGGAGCCAUUUGUAAUCCAUUCACUCCUGCAGGGUGGGGCAAGCUGCUGGUGGGGGACCCAGAUUCAGCACAUCAAGUAUCUCAGCAUUUGAGUAUUUUACAUAACUCUACAUGCACUACAGAGGGCAGCAGAGCAGCUGGAGAGUUGGGUCUAGAGAGGUGUGUGAUUGAUACCAUCACUGCUUGGAGUGUGCUGAGUGGACCAACCGUGGCAAAGAUGCAGUCCGACGCCGUGGCAUCACUAGUCCGAUGUAGCCCAGACAUGUGGAUGAGUCCUGUGAGUACCUUUGAAGCGAUACUGAACAAGCUGACGGCAUCAGAGAUCCAGACCCUCCAUGUCAUGUUUGAUGCCCAUAUCACGGCACAGAAGGGCUCAACUUCACAGCAGAUAAUGAACUCCCAUUCCAGUGGUAGUUCUCCUACCAUGAAGCGGCAUGAGUUUGAGAUGACCCCCAGGGCGGUGUCUGGCAUCGUUGUAGUGAUCAUCCUCAUCUUCCUAAGCAUCCUGGUCGGGGCGUGGGCGGUGUACCAGAAGGUCCAGUCCUGGCGACACCCCAGGAACCACAUCCAGUACGCCCCCAUCGUCAUGCAGGAUGAUUUCCCUGAUGGUGUUGGGAGCCAGGAGGAGAUGGAGACCAUUCAUUCCUGGAGUAGGGUGGAGGACCUAGGACCAGACUCUGAUACAGAGGCAGGCCGUUGGGGUCGUGAAGGGGGUGGGGCGGGGUAAGGAUGAAUCCUGGGGGGUGUUUCACAAAGAUCCUAAGUCAAACUUAACUCUAAGUUGGA